AUGGUGCCUGUGAUGUUCGCCCAGCUCGGGGCGGCGCCUCUGAUCAUGUCGCUGCUGUACGGGGCAACUUUCCUGCACGCGCUGGGCAAGCUGAGGAUGCUGCACGGGAAGUCCCGCUCCCUCGACACCAAGAAGCUGUUCGCCAUGAGCGUGCUGCUGCUGUGCCUCACGCGCACCAUGGGCUUCAUGACGAUCGGCGCCCUCAACAUGCGGAGCGUUGGCGGUGACGGAUCGUCGUCCAGACGCUCUUGGCAGAACGACGCUGAUGAGCGCUUCUAUGAAAAGACCAUGCUGGUCCUGUUCGAUCUUCCGGACUUCAUGAUCGUGAGCGCCUACAGCCUCCUGGCUGUCGUCUGGGCGGAGGCCUUCCUGCAGUCUCGUCGCCACUGGCUGUCGGCGCGGGUGUACAAGCGGCAGCUGUUGCUGGGCUACAUGAUCUUCAACUCGGCGCUGUACGCCGGGCAGCUAAUCCUCUACACACUGCUCUUCCUCCCCAGCUUCAACCAGUCCGGGGUGCUCUCGGUGCUCUACCUGUUCAUCACCUCGGUCAACCUUCUCCUGCCGCUCCUCCUGGCGGUGCUGUUCUCCUACCUCACGUGCACCUUCUCCGGUUUUCCUUACAAGUCGGAGGCGGCAAUGCUCAGAAUGGAUCGGGUCGGGCGCGUGGUGAUGCUGUGGACGGCGGCGAGAGUCGUGUGGGGCCUGUCCACUUUAACGGCCGUUUUAGAGUUCCAGCGGCUUGUAGGGAGCGCCACGAGCCUUCGCGAACAAGUGUACUCGAUUCUGGUCGUCACCCUGUUCCUGACGACGGAGCUAUAUCCUCUCCUCGGCGCGCUGGACGACGAGUUGCUCCUGGCCUUAUCCGGAGCGGAGGACGCGGCACCUAAAGUCGGCGGUGGGGGAACCGGAGGACGGAAUACGGGACAUAGAGGGUCGGCAAUUGAAACGGCAAGGCCAGAAGACCAAGGACGCCGGAGUCGCGCCGCGAGGCAGCCCAUCACCGCUAGCACCACCGCGGUGUCGACUCUCAGCGGCGCUGGCGAGAAUAACCCCAUGCAACCCUUACUACCUCGCGGUGGGCGCAGGAGGGACAGCUGGCUUUCGGCAUCAUCUGAAAGCGAACUUGGGUGA